UCUUUAAUACUUAUUUAUGAUUUAGUACCCUCUAGCUUUGAUUGUUCCUCCUCAGAUAAUUCUAUAAAAGCAAAUGGAUCUCCCGUGUGUUUUGGUGCGAGAGAUACACAAAUGGGAAAGUUUAUAGUUCCCUUGGAUGGCAAAAUGGGAGGCGUGAGGCUGGUCCACCUGUACGGCUACGUGUCUUGUCACACGGCAGACCCCAAAAAUUGGUCACCUUGGGGCUGUGGUGAAGGAGCGCAACAGGAGAUCAACGCUGUCAUAACCAAUGACAAAAAUCAACAACUUUUGCCCCCUACGGAGUUCCUGAGCAGCAAGUACCCAGCAGGAAAAUGGCACAAAAUUCCAGGUUACAACUCACUGAGCCCUGUCAUUGAGCUAAAAGUGUUUAAAGAUCCCCUUAAUGUGAGUGCUGGCCAGGAGCUAGGACUGUGGUACGGUGAAGAUUUGACCAACUGGACCGAGCAUGACAACGGGGGAAGAACCUGCGCUGAUGUUUUCAUCCUGUACGUCUGAGAUGGAAUAUUCCAGUUUUAGAAGAUUUGCUUAGAAGAAGAACCUGUAAUAAGGUUAAGAAGAAAUAAACCGAGGGUUUUAAAGGGAAA